GCAGCUUCUCAGCACGGGCACCAGGCAGCACGUCUUCAUCCGGCAAGGACAGGUCAUGAAGAGAGUACAUCCUGGUGCUCGACACAGGCGACACAGAUACAUUUUCUAUAUUGCACCGUCAUGAUUGGAGAGUGUGUGUGUGUGUGUGUGCGUGUGUGUGUGGAGCCCAGAGGCGUCUCUGUUUGGAUGAUAGUGUAAUGGAUGACUAGUAAAGACACUUCCUGACUAACCCUACCGAUCAGAAGGAGAACUGCGUGGCUUGCUCGGCCCGGAGGAGGAGGAGGAGGAGGAGGCUGGAGAGAAAAACUGACACGUGGAUUACUCCUCCUAGGGCAUCAGGAAAACAGACUCCCUCCUCUUUAGCGCAGCUUCGUGAUCAUCGCCUCUUGAGUCCUGUCAGGUUAUGGAUUUAUCGGAAACAGCGUGAUGUGAUUGCGUGAACACUUUUACAUUUCUCCCCCCGUUGUUUCCUCCUUUUUUUAAAACGUUUACUUUUCUGACUCAUCGACCAGGAGAGACACAGAGACAGAGAGAGAGAAAGUAAACAGCCGAAGCGGUUAGGAGGAGGCUGCUAUUAGCUCGCGUUGAAUGGCAGUUAUUCAAAAAUAUGGCAAGAACUAUAGUCCAGAUUUGGUCUGUCACAAGGAAAACCAUCCGUCUGACAAGAUCGGAGUGCCUGGAUGUCACAAGAAGUGGCCUGAACACAACACCAACUGGCCCAGGCCAGUGGCGAGGGUAUGGACAGUGGUGCUUCUUCUCGGGACGUGCCUCCUCUACUGCGCCCGCGUGGCGAUGCCCAUCUGCGCCGUCAGCAUGGCAGAGCAGUUCAACUGGAGCAAGAGAGAGUCCGGCAUGGUGCUGGGAAGCUUCUUCUGGGGCUACUGCUUCACCCAAGUGUUCGGAGGCUACGUCAGUGACCGGGUUGGAGGUGAGAAGGUCCUCCUGCUGUCUGCAGCAGCCUGGGGGUCGAUGACAGCCUUCACCCCCAUCCUGGCCCACUUCUGCUCCCAGCCAAUCAUGUCCAUGACACUGGCCCGAUUCCUCAUGGGCUUGUUGCAAGGAGUUCAUUACCCUUCCCUUGCGAGUCUGUGCUCUCAAAAGGUGGUGGAAAGCGAGAGAGGCUUCCUCAUGAGCACCGUGGGUAGUGGCUCCUACCUGGGCACUCUGGUGAUUGGAGGUGCUGGCUCCCUCAUGUUGGACCUGUAUGGCUGGGAGAGUGUUUUCUAUGUGUCCGGCCUCCUCUCAGUCCUGUGGGCCUACUGCAUGUGGAAGUAUCUGCUCAAAGGAGAAGGGCCUAUCAUCACCCUGGAGUCCCUGGGAAGUGGUGGGCCGCAGUCCAAACUGUCCAAAAGACAUUGGUUACGACUCCUCAAGCAACCUGCAGUCUGUGCUGUGAUCGUUACACACCUUUGCACAUCGAGCACCUUCUUCACUCUUUUGUCGUGGCUGCCAACAUUCUUUAAAGACACUUUCCCUGAUGCCAAGGGUUGGGUGUUCAAUGUCAUUCCCUGGUUGGUGGCCAUACCCUCAUCCCUCUUCAGUGGCUGCCUAUCGGACCACCUCAUCAGUCAAGGCUUUGAUACUGCCUCAGUGAGGAAGUUGAUGCAGUUUUUCUCCAUGGGUGUGUCCAGUGUGUUUACCCUUCUUCUGUGUGGCAACACCACCUUCCCCUGGGCUGUAGCAUUUGUGUCUGCCACCAUGGGCCUCACUACCUUCAGUCACAGUGGCGUCUCUGUAAAUGUUCAAGAUCUCGCUCCAUCCUGUGCUGGAGCUUUAUUUGGUGUUAUGAAUACAUGUGGUGCUUUCUUAGGAGUGCUAAUGGUGUAUUUCUCGGGGUAUCUCAUCGAGGCCACAGGCUCGUGGGCGACAGUGUUUGCCCUUAUCACCACAGUCAACCUGCUGGGCCUCUGCACCUUCCUGGGCUUUGCUGAGGCCCGUCGUGUCGACAUUGACUCCAGUAAGGUCCGGCACCACAACAUCCACAUCUAAACCAUCAGUCAUCAGAGGGACUAGAAUGCUAUUCCCAAGGCAGAUACAACCAUGGGAAACCAGCUUCUUGGAGAACAUUGAAAAACUAGCCAAUGGAUAGAAAGUGGUACAUGAUGGAUAAAGCCUGCAUAUAUAACAUCUGGAAAACUCUGAUUGGCUAGGAAACACUGCAGCAGUUACUGAAAAGCACACAGCAGAGCCAGUGAGUCCUAGAAAAACACAGCCGUGUUAGAAGACGCUCUGCCAUUUCAGGUUGGGAAAAAUUACAGGAGAAAGAAAAAAGUCUACACUACCUCCAGGUCCCAGCUUGUGCAGCAUGUGGUUUUUAAACAGUUACUGGGCUGCUGUUUAUGCAGAACGUGUUACUUAGAACAAGAGAAGUCAUGGAAAUGGUGUGUUUGUGUGUGUGUCUGUGUGUGUGUCUGUGUCGAAGGAGCUGUGCGAGUGAUGGAUGUGUUGGUCUCAGGAGCUCCCUGACAGUUGUGACAAACCAAGGUGGUGUGUUCUUACCCUGCGGGGAUUGGGGGAGGCGGUCUGGGCAAACGGUGGGUGACGCAGGGAGAGUCCAGCCUCUCGUACCUGAAAUCUUUUAUUAGCACGCCCCACUCACCCAUCGCUGAGUGCACUGUCUGAGUGACACCUCAUUACCCAGCCGCUAAUUACUUGGCAGGCGCUCUAAUGUCCUGUACGAUUUACUUUCUAUAGUUGCCGUCUCCAUGGUUACAAGCUCAUCUUAUCGUUGUAGUUCAGAGAGGGUGAAAGGGGUCAUGGGAACCUUCAAGGCUUUUACUGAAUGCUUUCUUGUUGUUUCGAAGAAUUGUGUUGCGAGUAGGAAGACCAAAGGUUAUUAAUUAUUUUUUUUUCUUUCUAUGUGAUUGCAUGUAAUAGAAAUACCUCACUUCAUUAUUUUGCCUUUUGUAUAUUUAUAUGACUUUUUUUUUUUUGAUCGGCCUCAUUUUCUCCUUUUUUGUUUUGGAAAAGAAAUAUAUUAAGUUAGAUGACAGAAAAAGUAAUAUUUAUUAGGUAAGAUGACAAAAAAAAAUCAUAGUAAGUUAUCAAAAGUGUGAUGCAGUAUGAAUUACCGUAAUCUCAGCAAGUCUUGUUUCCUCACUUCUUUUUUCUUCUCUGAUCUGCACUGUGCUGUUUGAGGCAGAAAGAAAAGUGUCCAUGUUGUUAUCUUGGUGAAACCUGCGUAGUUAGACGAGCAGGACGUCCAGCAUUUUUGUGUCAAAAUAUAAACCGUUAUCGUCACACACUUGACGUCAUUGUUACUCAUGCACUAGACCAGCAAGUGUUGUCAGUAUUUGGGAAGGAGCUAGUUAGCACAGGAAUGAGCCUGUUCACCAUGGUGGUGACAGAUGUGGUUUAAAUAUCAGAUUGUCUGUGUUCUGCAUGACAAUGAGUGUUAAGUGACAGGUGAGAGGAGUAAAAAAAAAAAAAAACAUCCUCAGGAAGUGGAGAACAUUGAUAUUACUGCAACGUAAAGCUACCUGCUCAUCUCCAACUUAAUGUUGCAGUGAUUGUACCAUUUAGCUUUGGCGUUCACUGCACAGUUUUACAUUUUCAAUCUAGAUGCUUACUUGCCACAUGUACCUUUUUAAAACUAUGCAUUUAUUAUUUUGUGCCUGAUUUAAGCAACGAGAGGAUUGUAAGAUAUGCUCACUGUGGUCACAUGGUGUCAUGUAUUUAUCAUUGUACAUCCUUGCCUUUUUUUUUUCGCCUUACUUAGGAGUUUUGUUGCUUCUGUGUGAUUCAUUAUUGAAUUUUUAUGAUUAUUAUUAUAUAUGAAUGAUUGUUUUUGUCACAUAAAAAGUACGUAGGCUUAAGUUUUGUUUGUUACAAACACCUGGAGGUUGGUUGAUUAUUUUGUCAAUAGAAAUUUGAUUUCUGAAAUGCACAAAUGUGUUACUGACAUGGCCAGUGGUUACAAAAACGUCCGCAUAAGAAAUUAACUGGAUUUAUUCAAACAUUUGCUCACAGUCUUUCAGAGUAAAGAGACAUUUAUUUCUGUAUGUCAAAGAUUUAGAUUAUUUGACUAUAGAGAAUCAUUUAUUUUGAUAUCUAAUCUGAUAUCCAAAUAUAGCCAAAUGUCACUUUGACUGUACCUACACUAUCUUUUGUAAUGAUCAUACACAAAGUGUAUGCACAGACCUUUCGGGUACACAAUAUAUUUAGCUGAGACAACUGUACAAAAGCCUUCAAUAUUUUUUUGUUUUGUUUUGCCAAACCAACGCCCCACAUUCCUCAAAUGUUUUAACCGCCUUAGCAGAUGUGCGUUAUUUACUGAUGAACUGCCUUCAUUUAAAAAAAGAAAAAGCUUGUCCCUUUUUUCUGUUACUGUGUUGAAAUCCUACAAAAUGCAACUAGUCGGAGUUUUGUUCACCAUCAUAUCUCACUGAAGGCUCCUGAAAGCCUUUUAACAAAUAGUUUUUUGAUAACGUGUAAGAUAUGUAUGAUAAAAAUAAAUAAAUAAAUAAUGCAAGAUAAAUGCAGUAUUCUAAAAGAUAUGUUGUAUUUAAAAGCAUAUAUUCA